AUGUCUUUGCCGCCUGCAAAUACGAGCCAGGCUUACGUAGCCGUGGCGGCGAUCCUAGCUGGUCGUAUUACUGCUCCGAAGUGGUCAUUUAUCGAUACCAAGGAUAUGGCGGCAACACUUUCGUUUCCGUGUCUGGCCUUCCUCAUCACACGAAAAACAGGUGCCUGCAUGACUACGGCCUCAAAUAUAGCGGUUGCGCAAAAGAGCCCGGAGCAUAUACUCUUUGAUCUUGGCCUCCGUGCAGAAAGACGUAAUUACACCGAAGAUCAACAAGCCCACAUCAAAAACAGAGAACCGGUGGCUUUUGGUCCAAGUGUUGCUACUACACUGCAGAAAAAUGGCAUGGCCAGCACGGAAAUUGAUUGGGUAAUUUACAGCCACGUUCACUGGGAUCAUACCGGGGAACCUUCAGACUUCCCGAAUGCUAGUUUCAUCAUUGGUCAUGGCUCUAGUGCACUCCUCAAAAGAGGGUUUGAUGCAGCUGCAGGCUCUCAUGCAGCCUUUGAUAAGAAUCUUCUUGACCAUAGAGAUGUCUUUGAAUUGUUCCCAAAUUUGGAUGGUGGUAAUGCUGAUGACGAUUCUCUCGAUACGGCCAACGCCUCGUUUCACAGCCCAUGGACCCCAUUGGGUCCAUUUCCUGCAGCCAUGGAUAUACUUGGUGACGGCUCGAUGUUUGUAAUUCCCUCACCAGGACAUCUACAGGGGCAUAUCAAUCUUCUUUGCCGAGUAGAGGAGAAGCGAUGGAUUUACCUAGGCGGAGACACUUUCCAUCACCGGAGUCUUUUGACAGGUGAAGCAGAGAUUGCAACUUGGAGGGAUACCGAGGGCCGAGAGCUAUGUGUCCACACCAAUAUAGCUGCAGCUCAGGAGAUGUUUGCAUUGCUGAGGAAGCUUCAAGACCAGGCUACUGCUGAUGGGGUGGAGGUGGAGAUUAUCUCUUCACACGAUCAGGAUUGGUAUAACGCAAAUCAAGACCGCCUCUUUCCGGAAAAAUUGUGA